GAACUGACUGUCUCGCUCGUUGGACUCCGUGAACGUCGUGGCCCAUCCGAGAGCGUUCCCUACUCUCAAAGUACUUGUACCUCGUUGGACCUUUCAGUCCGAAACGGAUUCGCCUUCCGCCUCGACUUCCUCACCGAUAUGGCAAUGGCUGUCGACAAUCGCCAGCAGUCCCAGCUAAACGCCAUGGGCUACGACUCUCUCCGCUACUCGCAACCGCACUUCACGAACCCCUGGGUGUCGGCAUCGACGACAAGCUCGCAUCCGUUGUACUCGACGGCUGUUGCGCCGAAUCCAUCUGCUGGCCUCAACAGUCACCCUGUCGCCCACGCCCACCAAGUGCAGCGGCCCACUAGCAUCGCACUCCCUUAUCAUGGCCUCUCCGUAACAGCGCCUCCCAUGGGAUCAGGUAUUGUGCUCGCGGAGGGAUCAGUCGUGUCAGAUAGCUUACUCGAUGCCUCGCAAGAUCUCCUCUCGCGGAGUUACACGGGCGCAUACGCACCUGCCACCACUUCGGCCUCGAAUUCGUAUGCUCCCACUUCGGCCCCAUACUCGCAUGUCGACUACGGGACCAGCUCACGGGAUCCCUACGUCUACCCUCAGGACACUGGCCGUCGCUCUUCUCACCCGUUAGUACCCUCGCCACCGCUCUAUGACGACGUUAUGGACACGCAAAGACAACGCCAGAGCUCAUUAGUUGACGUUUCCAGAAUGAACCAAACCCACCGCGACAGCUUCAGCGACGCCCUCGAUGCGAGUCGAGGCAUGGUGUCCCUGAGCCAAGCAGAUAUCACCCCCAGGAAUAUCUAUGGCACGGGAUCCGCCCGCGGCUCCGCCGACUCGUACGGCUUCCCUUCGACCCACUCGGCACACUCAUCCAUCUCCUCAGCCAGCUACAACCCGUCGUAUUACGGCGGGGAAGGCUCUGUGACCGACUACAGCUCUGCAUCCGAGUCCGUAGACCUGAACCGCACCCUGUCCCGUCCCAAUGCGGUCAUGAGCACCAGUCUUCCGCCUGCGCCUGCCUCAAUGAUGAGCCAGUUCAGCUCCAAAGUCUCGUCUAGCACGCAGAAGAAACAUAAGUGCAAGGUUUGCGACAAGCGGUUCACGCGCCCUAGCUCGUUGCAAACGCACAUCUACAGUCAUACCGGAGAGAAGCCAUUUGCUUGCGAAGUAAAGGGCUGCGGCCGCUGCUUCUCGGUGGUAUCCAACCUGAGGCGGCACCAAAAAGUCCACAGAGGGGAGAACAUGAAAGACCACCCUUCGCCAGAUGAUGAAAAGUCGGUCGAGCAGUACUGAGCGCUCCUGAAAACUCUCUGGAGUCGGCAUUUCAGCGUUUUCGGUUCUCCGUUUAUCCGCAUUUAAGAUAUCCCCCGUGUUGCAUGCAUCGCCCGACACAGUUUUCUGGUUGAUAUGCUAGAAGUGCGAUGUUCUGACGACGGCGAUA